AUCUACUCGUUAGGUCGCAGCAUCUAUGGAGAUCGCUUUGCGGAUGAAAACUUCAAACUGAAGCAUUAUGGCGCUGGAUGGCUGUCCAUGGCCAAUGCUGGCAAGGAUACCAACGGGUCUCAAUUCUUUAUCACAGUUAAGCAAACACCUUGGCUCGAUGGUAGACAUGUCGUCUUUGGCAAGGUUAUCAAAGGAAUGGAUAUAGUGCGCAAGAUUGAGCAAACGAGCACCGACUCACGAGAUAAGCCACGCAAGGACAUAGUCAUCGCCGAUAGCGGCGCAGAGACAGUGACAGAACCAUUUAGUGUAUCUAAGGAUGAUGCCACUGAGUAAAUUUCAGCAUUCGCCAACAGCCUCAUUAUUCUUUAUUCCUUUAUUUCUUAUACAAAACGAUCUCUUGGGAACUACAUGGUUUUUGACAGCCUUGUUGGUUUUUCUAAAUGGAUGAGUGGCACUAAUGAUAAUCUG